GUGCGGGACAAAAACAUUUACUUACUACGCAGUACGUACUGCCGUAAGGCUCCCCAACUGAAGUCAGUCCAGCAAGCGAGUGCAAGCCUUGAAUUUUGAGGGGCAAUCGCUUGUUGGUUUCUACCCUUCCCUCUUCCAAAAUCUCUUCGUCUCUUAGAAGAGCAAAAAACCUCCACCCCAACAGAUGGGCCCAAAGAAAAAGUCCGAGAACAGGGGCGGCGCGCCCAAACCCGGGACGAAGCAGGCCAAAGCCGCGGCCGAGCGGUCAGCUGAGACGGCGAAGAAAGCGCAGACCGCGACCGACGAGCAGAAAAAACCCUCUGUCAAGGAGGUCAUUGGAGGGGCAUCAUGGACGGGGAAACUCCCCGUCAAUAUGCUCGCGGAGCAUUGCCAGAAGCAGAAGUGGGAGAAGCCGGAAUACACUAUGAUGAAAGUAUCAGACGGGUUCGUCUCCAGCGUGAUAUUGAAGCGUGUGGACCCCAAAACUCGCGAAACGAUUGUCCUCCCCCCAAUGAAACUGCCUCCGUCGCAUAAGCAUCUCGCUGCCCAGCCUACCGCCCUCGAGGCUCGACAUUUCGCCGCCGCGUACACACUAUACCGAGUCUGCAACAUGAAGAACCUUCAUAUGAUGAUGCCGCCCACAUACAAGAAGCUAUGGCGCGAGGAUUUCGCGGAUCUUAAAACUGCCGACUGCAAAGAAGGAAAGGGCUGGAUGUACGAGGCCGAUCCGUUUCUAGCCAAGCUGGAACGAGAAAGCGCCGCGGCGGACCUGGAGAAGAAGCGCAAGGAGCGGGAGAAAGCGCAAGCGGCCAAGGCAGCAGAGACCACGGUCGAUCUGGGGCUGGGCUCCGGCACCGGCGGCGAGAACAAAAGUCGGAAGAUCUGGUCGCAUGCGCCCAAGGUGGAUCUGGGCGGCAAGAUUCGCCGUGAGAUUGAGGGCAUGCUGAGAGAGCAUGCAAUCUGGAAUCCUUACGGGGUAGAGAUACCGCAGAAGGAGCGCGAUGCCAUUGUUGACGAGCUCACUCGUCUGGGCUUUCGACGCAGCCACGUCGAGGAGGCUGUUGGCACUUGUAAGGACCGUGAAGAGGUCCUUGAGUGGCUUCUCAUCUACGUGCCAGAGGAUGAUCUGCCCCGCUGGUGUUUGCCUGAGGGCUAUUCGGCGGGUGUAAGCCUGGCGAGCGAUGAUCUUGCUAGAGAGGCGAAAAUCAAGCGGCUCACAUCUAUCGGCUAUCCUGUCGACCUGUGCACGCGAAUCUUGGAUAGCAAGAAAGGGGAUGAGGUUGCUGCAGCAGAGGUUCUCCAGAAUACAUUGGUUCACGGCGGAGACGCUCCUGCUGAGCCUGUUGUAUCUGGGGAGGAGGACCUAUGGGCAGAGGAGCAGGAAACACUUGAAGCUAUCUUCGGGGAACGGUACUCUCGUGUUUCUGGCAAGGUCUGUGAGAUCAAAGGCGAGAACAGCGAUCUGCCGGAGGCGUUGACUUUUCGGUUCCAACGGCCUUCAACGCACUAUCCGUAUUCUCCGCCAAUUGUCUCCAUCCAGGCGAAGGGUAUCCCGGCUUAUAUUCGUCUCAGUGCGAUACGUCAGGUGGUUCAAUACUCCGAGGAGAACUUUCUGGGAGAGCCCAUGAUUUAUAAUGUGCUUGACUGGCUGGAGACCAACCUCCCCUCGGUCAUGGAAAACCCUGGAAAGCUGCGAGACAUAUCAACAGUGACAGCCCCGCUGGCCCCAUCCGGGACCAUCUCAAAUAUUCCCGUGCGCUCAUCGCACAAGAGGGGCAAUGCGGUUAAAUGGCAACCAGGCGCCCCGCAGAGCAUUUCGUUACGCGAAUCUUGGGAAGCGAGGCAGUCAACCAAAGAACAGCAGGAAAUGCUUCGAAAGCGCCAAGCGCUUCCGGCUUGGAACACCCAGCAGGCCAUUAUAGAUGCGGUCAACACAAAUCAAGUCACAAUCAUUUCCGGAGAGACUGGUAGUGGAAAGAGUACUCAAUCUGUACAGUUCCUGCUUGAUGACCUGAUCAAGCGUGACCUCGGCGCUGUCGCGAACAUCAUCUGUACGCAGCCGCGAAGGAUUUCUGCACUGGGACUGGCAGAUCGAGUCAGUGAUGAGCGAUGCACAUCGGUCGGCGAGGAGGUUGGAUACAUCAUCCGAGGGGAAUCCAAAAUCAAGUCAGGGCGAACGAAGAUCACGUUCGUCACGACAGGUGUUUUGCUUCGGCGCAUGCAGUCCGGCAGUGGUCCGGAUGGCAACGUUGCAAGCUCUCUCUCAGACGUCACUCACGUCGUCGUCGACGAGGUACACGAGCGGAGUCUCGACACUGACUUCCUCCUCGCCCUACUCAGAGAUGUUCUCCACCACCGCAAGGAUAUCAAAGUCAUCCUGAUGAGUGCAACCCUCGACGCAGAUAUCUUCAUCAACUACUUUGGCGGCCGUCAAUCCGUUGGCCUGGUCAACAUCCCGGGACGUACUUUCCCAGUUGACGAUUACUACUUGGACGAUGUCAUCCGUGAUACUGGAUUCUAUCCAGAAUUCACGGAGCGGGAAUUCGACGAAGAAGCUUCACCAUCGGCGCAGUCUGACGAGCCGCUUGGCAAAGUCCUUCGAAGCCUGGGGAUGGGUAUCAACUACGAGUUGAUAGCCUCUACUGUUCGAUACAUCGAUGCCAAGCUGGGUGACCAGCCCGGUGGAAUCCUGAUCUUCUUGCCCGGUACCAUGGAGAUCGAAAGAUGUCUCAAUGCGGUGAGAAGAAUCCCCAACGCUCAUCCGCUGCCUCUGCAUGCAUCACUUCUGCCAGCCGAGCAACGGCGCGUCUUCUUGAGUGCUCCCAAGGGCAUGAGGAAGGUUAUCGCAGCCACCAACGUCGCCGAGACGUCCAUCACCAUUGAAGACAUCGUGGCCGUCAUUGACACCGGCCGGGUGAAAGAGACCAGCUAUGACCCCCGGGACAACAUCGUCCGGCUCCAAGAGGUGUGGGCCUCGCAAGCAGCCUGCAAGCAGCGCCGCGGACGUGCCGGUCGUGUCCAGGCCGGAACCUGCUACAAGCUCUACACCCGCAAAGCCGAGACGAGCAUGCCUCACCGACCCGACCCCGAGAUCCGGCGCGUUCCGCUGGAGCAACUCUGUCUCUCCGUGAAAGCGAUGCAAGGCAUCAAUGACGUCGCGCACUUCCUGGCCAACACCAUCACGCCGCCCGAGAGCACGGCCGUCGAGGGCGCGCUGGAGUUUCUGCAUCGCGUCGGGGCGCUCGACCACGACCGGCUCACAGCCCUGGGCCGCUACCUCUCCAUGAUCCCGGCGGACCUGCGGUGCGCCAAACUGAUGGUCUACGGCUCCAUCUUCGGCUGCAUUGACGCCUGCGUGACCAUCUCCGCCAUCCUGACCGUCAAGAGCCCCUUCGUCUCCCCGCGCGACAAGCGCGACGAGGCCACCGCCGCCAAAGCCGCCUUCACCAAAGGCGCCAACGACGGCGACCUGUUAACGGACCUGCUAGCCUACCAGCAGUGGUCCGAUCGCGUCCAAGCCCACGGCUAUUGGCAAACGCAGAGCUGGUGCACCGCCAACUUCCUCUCCCAUCAAACCCUGCGCGACAUCUCCUCCAACCGCGCCCAGCUCCUCACCUCCCUCAAGGAUGCCGGCCUCCUCCCCGUCGACUAUGCCUCCCAACAACCCCAGUCCUCACGCCCCAACAACACCAGCACCUGGAACCGCAACACCAACAACAAACCCCUCCUUCGCGCUCUCAUCGCCGGCGCCUUUCAACCGCAGAUCGCCCAGAUCUCCUUCCCCGACAAGAAAUUCGCCGCCUCCAUCACGGGCACCGUUGAGAUCGACCCGGACGCCCGCACCAUCAAGUACUUCAACCAGGAGAACGGCCGCGUCUUCAUCCACCCGAGCUCGCUGCUGUUCUCCGCGCAGAACUACCCCGGCGGCGCCGCGUAUUUGAGCUACUUCACCAAGAUGGCGACGAGUAAGGUGUUUGUCAGGGACUUGACUCCUUUCAACGCAUUCUCCCUUCUCCUCUUCUGCGGGUCCAUUAACCUCGACACCACGGGUCGUGGACUGAUUGUUGACGGUUGGUUGCGGUUGCGCGGCUGGGCGCGCAUUGGUGUCUUGGUGUCGCGGUUGCGCAUGAUGCUGGAUGAGGUGAUCGCUGGCCGGAUUGAUCAGCCUGCUGCUGCUUCAGCGUCUGCAUCUGUGGCUGCGGGCUUUGGCGGGGUGACUGGGGCCCUGGCGGAGCAGGUGAUUGAGGUGGUCAAGAGGUUGGUCGAGUUCAAUGGUUUGGACCAGUGAGUAGGUUGCUGCUGCGCGCUGGACAAAUACGUGAAUUUCCGUUUGGUUGAAAAAGCUGGUCAAGUCGAUACGUAGGGAUGUAGAAGGUUGGACUCUUUUGGCGGG